UUAAGUUACUGUGUGAUUACAACCUAAUUACGAUUUAUCAGCGGCUUCAAUCCCGACGAACCUUCGCCGGAGCCUGCGCUAAUGGUGUCACGGCCCUUCGUCCUGGAAACCAGACAGACUAACCUUUCUUCAACUAUGCCGGAACAUCUAUACCGCAAACCCUUUCCAAUUCGUUCUGUCUUCUACCUCGAGCCGUUUUUCACAUUCUCCGCUCUGCUAAGCAGCCAACACACUGAAACUUCCACAACUCCACCUGUUUGCUAAUAACAGCACAAGAACUCACCUCCACUGCCGGAAAAUCAUCUCCGAUGUCUAUUCGCAGUGCCCUCUCUCUCCUUCUCUUCAGCCUUCUAUGGGCCUCGACCACCUCCCUCUCCCUCCCCGACCGCUUCCUCCUCUCCCCCCACAUCCGCUCGCCGGAGCCUCAGGAGUACUUCGACCCCACUCUUCCACCCUUCCUUCCCCCAACAGAAUCCCCCUCCUGCUCCAUCCCCAUCCUCCAGCAUGACUUCGCUAACACCUAUGGCCUACCGCCGGCCACCGCCGUUUUCUCGCCUCCGGCGAAAUGCCCGCCCCCAUGGUCCCGAGUCGUUCUCGACCUCUCCGUCUCCUGCGCCGGGGAGCAAUACGAUCGCAUCGCCGCCGUCUGGAUCGAAGGCGUCGAGAUCCUCCGCACCAGCACCGCCGAGCCGACGGAAUCCGGUAUCUUCUGGCGCGUACGCAAGGAUAUCACGCGUUACGUCCCGAUCCUACGCGGCUCCGGUGGCCUCAACGUUUCGAUGAUGCUGGAGAAUAUUGUUAACGAUGUUUACACAGGGAUCUAUAAAGUGAAUGUGUCGGUUGAGUUUUAUCCCGAUUCCGAUGACACCGAUGCGAACGCGAUGAAGAAUGAACGCCGCGAUUUUGCCCUAGGGUUUCAAUCCGAUCUCGGCGAAGAAGAGGUGAAGCUGAUUCCUUCAUUAGAGGAUCCCGCAGAUGUUGUAAUUCCUGUUUCUAUAAAGAAUAGCAGCACCGGUUUCUGGUUUCGGAUCCAGAAUCAAUCGGAAGCGCAUUACAGUCGAGUUAGAAUUCCUCGAAACACUUUCAGAGCUGUUCUUGAAGUCUACGUUUCAUUCCAUUCCAACGAUGAGUUUUGGUACUGGAAUCCUCCCGAUGUGUACAUCAAGGAGAACAACUUGACUACCCAGAGAGGAAACGGUGCUUUCCGGGAGGUUUACGCCACCAUUGACGGCCGAUUUGCAGGCACCAUUCUUCCAUUUCCCGUUAUCUUUACCGGAGGGAUCAAUCCUUUGUUCUGGUCUCCUGUUGUCGCCAUCGGGGCCUUCAAUCUUCCUUCCUACAAUCUCGAUCUGACGCCAUUUCUCGAGCUUCUUUCGGAUGGGAAGGAACAUUCCAUUGGGCUGAGGGUUACCGAUGGAAUCUCCUUAUGGCUCAUCGACGCUAGUCUGCAUCUAUGGUUGGAUUCAAACUCCGAAUCCGUGACAGCGAAACUAGUUCGAUACGAGGCGCCUCCUCUUUCCAUCGUCCGAACCAACAAAUUUCUCCAUUUGAACGGAUCAUUCAAAAUUGACGCAGAGAGGAAAAUUCACUUCUCAGGCUGGGUGAAUUCAUCCAUUGGCAAUCUAACAACUGAUGUAAAUCAGAAGCUUAAAUUCAAGAGCUCACUGGAAUUCCAGAACGAUGGGAACUACAAAGCUGUUCAUCUGAAGACGAAGGCCAAAACAGAGGUGAAGAUCAAGAAUAGCCAGGAGGUCAUACUAUCAAGAUUUUCUCACAAGUUCAAAUUUCCUCUUUUGAUUCUGGCUGAAACCUUGCCUGGAGUCAACAAUACUUAUACCGCAACAACCAAUCUUUCGCACACUCUGUAUGAGGAAGCCGCCAUUUUUAUGCUGGAGAAGCUUAUUACUUCGAGGGUUCUGGAAGAUAAGCAGGAUGCUUCUGGUUGGAUGAGGGUUCAAGAUCAUUCAGUUCUAUCUGGUUCAGCUGGAACAAAACAGGUUUAUCAGUAUAGAGAUAAUGGAAAAUGUUAUAAUCGUAAUUUGGAGGUUGAAGACGGUGAGCUUUUGGAUGAUACUGUUAAUAAUGUAUGUUCACAUUCUUUUUAGUGAUGGAUUAGUUGAACUCUCUUCUUCUCUUAUCUGCAGUAAUCAGGAAAUUUCUGUUGGGAGAAAUAAUUGUGAUAUUUUAUGCUUCCAGAAGUAAUGUAAUUUCAUUUAGUUGUUUGCCAAAUUUGUUUUGUUGAGAAA